AUGGAUAAUGCCAAGGAGAAUGUUGGAAGGGAUGAGACAAUCGACAAGCUCAAGAAGAUUCGUGUCAAAUCACUACGACUUGCCCAGAGACUUGGACAGACUGCAAGUCACCCUGCUAUGGCUCAGAUUUUAUACAGAUUAGGCUUAACAGAGCAGCUGCGAGGGGGUCAUGUUGAUGCAUUUAACUUUAAUCAUGCUUGGGCAAUGGCAGAGCAGUUAGAGUUGGCAGGCAAAGAGCCCCUUGAUUUUUCUUGCACUAUUAUGGUCCUCGGAAAAUCCGGGUUGGAAACAAACCAGGUUAAGGAUGUUGUGGGUACUGUGAAUGGAAUUAAGGUCCGUCUCAUCGAUACACCUGGGCUUUUGCCUUUAUGGUCGGAUCAACAGCGUAACAGAAAAAUGCUCCACUCGGUUAAAAGAUUCAUUGAAAGAUCUUCGCCAGAUGUUGUUCUCUAUUUUGAUAGGUUGAAUUAUCAUGACAGGAAUUCUGAUGACGAGUUGCUACUACAGACGAUCACUAAUGCUUUUGGUCCGUCGAUUUGGGUGAAUACCAUUGUGGUUUUCACACAUGCUGCCUCUGCUACUCCAGAAGGUCCAGAUGGCGUGGCGACAGAUUAUAAUAGGUAUGUCACUGAGCGUUCUCUGGCAGUUCAACGAGCCAUUCGUCGCGUUUCUGAAAUGAUGUUGAUGAAUCCUGUCGCUUUAGUAGAGAAUCACUUGGCGUGCAGAACAGACAGAGCUGGCCGCAGAGUGCUGCCUAAUGGUCUGGUGUGGAAGCCUCAUUUGCUAAUGCUCUGUUUUGCAUCAAAGAUUUUGGGCGAGGCGAAUGAGCUUUUGAAAUCGCAGAAUGUUGUCCUUGAACGGCCUUAUCGUGGUGGACCUGAACUACUACCUGUAACACAUGUGUUAACAUCUCUUCUCCAGCCAAAAGCAAAGUUGAAGCUACCACUUGAGGAGUACGACAUUGAUGAUAACACCCUUGAUGAUAAUCUUGAUGAGGUGUUAGAGUCUGACGACGAUUUAAAUUAUGAUGAAUUGCCGCCUUUUAAACCUUUGACUAGGUCCCAGGUAGCUAAACUUUCCAAGUCUCAGCAGGAGGCGUACUACGAUGAACUAGAUUACAGGGAAAAGUUAUACGUGAAGAAACAAUUACAAGACCUCAAACAGUGGCGAAUGAUGAAGAAAAUGGAAGCUGAGGCCAAGGAAUUCACCAGUGACCAGAGUACUGGAGGUGAAGCACAUGAACCCCUGCCUGUCAUCGAUUGUCCUGUACCCGAUUCCUUUGAUUCUGAUGAUCCAGUUCACCGGUAUCGUUUUUCUACAAACCAGGUGAAUGUAGGGCCUGUAAAAUCUAGUGAUACUUGGGAUCAUGUUGAUGGUUAUGAAGGCGUGUAUAUGAACAAGUUGAUUGAGGUUAUGAACAAGGUCCCUAUCUCUUUUACUGGAAGAAUUAAAAAAAACAAAAAGGAAGCUCUUUUCGCAAUGGAAGUGACAGGGUUUGUUAAGCAUGGCAAAAAGAAAGAAACUACUAUAAGUUUUGAUCUGCAGCAGAUAGACAGCGACAUUGCUUAUACUAUACGCAGUGAUACAACCUUCAGCAAUUUUAGGCGCAAUAAGGCCACUGCUGGUCUGUCAGUAACUCGUGUGGGCGAUGCUCUAAGUGCUGGGGUGAGAGUUGAGGACAAGAUUAUGGUCAGUAGGCGAUCCCAAGUUGUCAUGAUGGGUGCUGCAACUACUCGUGGUAGUAAUGUUGCCUAUGCCGGUGGUUUGGAGGCCACUCUAAGAGAUAAGCAAUUUCCACUAGGUCGUGCUCUGACAACUAUGAGUUUCGAUAUGAUGGCAUGUUAUGGGGGUUUUCUCAGGAGUUGGAAUGCUAAGAGCCAGAUCCCCAUUGGACGUUUCACAGAUUUUAUUGGAGGUUUGAAGCUUAAUAACAGUGGGGAAGGACAAGUGAGUAUCGGCUUAAAAAGCACUGAAUACUCCCAACUAGCGUUGCUUGCACUUGUUCCUCUUCUCAGUACAAUACUUACAAGGCUUUUUGCGCGUUUUGAGUGA